GGGACGAGUAUGAAAGGCUCUGGAGGAGGAGAUUUCAAUGAGCAACUUGUUGAAAUGGAGCUGAGGGAUAAUUAGUGGGCAAGUGGUUCAACUAUGUAGAGGAAAUGCGCGGGAGAAGAGCUUCUCCAAAGGCCCAACAUCUCCUCCAACAUCUCGGCCAGGACCACACGCCAGACAGCAAGAAAACAAAGCUCCUAGUUUUGGCGGACGCGUUUUUUCAGUGCACCAGAGACGUUUGGCUCGCUCCUGAGCUCGCUCUCCGUGCUAGAGCAGAGCUCCAGCAGAAAGUUUGGUGAAGUUCUGAGCGGCUCUCGGGCAUCUUCGUCAUCGUCUUCGGCCACGAUCGCCACACACCGAGUCGCGGAUUAUAGUCUGCAGUCCGGACGCUCACGUGACCACACCUGAGUGGAUUUUUGGCCCGUUCGUGUCCUUCCUGACCUUAAAACAGCGCGAAAUGUGCGUGCUGGUGUCAGUCGUGCCGGUCUUCGCUGCUUUCCUCGCGCUUUCUCCAGCUCAGUGUUCCCCCUCAACCGCUACACAAAGCACCUCCAAAGUAAUCCUGUUUCAGGAGGUGUGGGGGCGGAGCUUCUGCCACACCAUUGAGAAGCUGGUGGAGGUAGUGCAGGAGUAUCCUGGCGAGGUGGAGCACAUUUACAGCCCUUCUUGCGUUCCAUUGGUGCGUUGUGCUGGUUGCUGUGGAGACGAGAACUUGGAGUGCCAUCCCACACUUACCUCCAACAUCACUAUGCAAUUAUUAAAGCUGAAGCCAGCAGAGAAGAGCCAAGAGUAUGUGGAGAUGACUUUCGUGGAGCAUAAAAGCUGUGAAUGUAGACUAAGAAAGCCUACACCAAAACAUGACAGGCGGAGACCGAGGGGAAGAGGAAGGAAGAGGAAGGAGAAACAGCGAGUAAAGGACUGUGAUGGGUGUCAGCCUCCUCGAAGGUAAAUGCAGUCCCACCAUGCUCUCUGCCCGUCCUGUGCAGUCAGCCCUUUCAGUGCCAGCCCCACCAUCUGUCGCCCCCUCGCUCUUCACAGCCUGCUGUGUCUCCUCCACCACCACAUCCAAGGUGCGGGGUUGUCAUGGUGAUGGGGAGAUCACCCUAGUCACCCUGGGGGACAUUUCAUAUACAGGAAGUGCCUGGUGUGUGGUGACACGCUCUGACAUGCUUCGCAUGAAGCACAACAGUGGGCCCACCUCAGUGUCUGAGGUGAAAAUCAGCCCACAGGACUACACAUUUGAUGAUGUUAUAGCUGAAACAUUAUUAUUAUUAUUAUUAUUAUUAUUAUUAUUAUUAUUAUUAUUAUUAUACUAUAUCUAUGGUAUCUUACCCCUUUUAUUUAUUGCUUGCAAACCAGUAGAAAAAACUUGUUUUGGUUGUUUUUGACUUUGCUAACAUAUGUCAUUAGUACAAAUUGGGAUUUUUUUUUCUUUUUAAGCAUUAAGGAACAGCCAAUCAGAACCACCUAAAACAGUUGGUUAUACCAGAAAACCAAAGUUACUCUUUUGUGAUGCUCAUUCAGUGACUCGAUUAGCUGUUUUCUAUGCAGUAUUAAAGAGUUCUCAGAGUGCAUGUAAUUACCGUUGCAGAUAAUUCUUCUUUCAGUUUUACUUACCACCUAGGUUGUAACUCUCCCAUAACCAUAGCUAUUUCAUAAAUUAACUUGUCCAGUUUCUAGAUUGGUUGUCAACUGAGUGAAAACAAGCAUAAUCCAAAAUAUCCUUUAUUAAGUCCACAGGAACAUAAAGGACUGUGUUAGAGGUCUGAUACAGUUCAGAUAUGUCUAGCCCCAUUGUCAGGGGACAUGCUGACCUCUACUGGUAUCAAGACAACAAUUCACUGUGUUUCCAUUUUCCAAACUCAAAGUAAAACUACACUGCUGUACACAAUGAUGGCAGUUCAUGAGCUGAUGAAUUUAGUACAACUGUGUAAAAGUUUGAACACCCCUUGUUUUGUUGUUUGUCUAAGUGAAAAUAAGUUGACACGUCCUCUACAGGGAACAAAUGUAAAUAUGGCAUUUUCCUGCAGAUUUUAGUGCACAAUUUAUAUUUAUUUACCUCUUACAGAAAAACUUAUGUACAGGCUACAUUUUAUAUCUCUCCCUGCCCUGAAUAUGUUAAAUUCAGAAUAUAAACUGUAAUUGUGCAUUAAAAUGUGCAAACGUGUGUUCUCUAUAGAGGAUGUGUACUUCGCUGUACUUAGAAACAAGUAAUUUGACCAGGGGUGCCAAUACAACUGUAUAUUUGUUGAUUUGGGCAAUGAUUUUGCAAUAAGAAAUACAAGGGUCAUUCAGCAUAAGCUGAUGUGUUAUAAAUGACAGUUUUAGUUAUAUUUGUCUAUUUAAAUUGCCUUAAAGAGAUAAGCCCACAUUUUGGGUUCAGAUCAGCAAAAUGUUGAAACUCAACCAAAGAAACCAGAGAUGCUGCUAACAAGACUGUGCAUGGCCUUUGAAUAUGAAAACAACAGUUUGGGGGCAUUAGUCUAUGCCAAAUUAACAUUUUCCAAAUCCUCUUACUUCUAAGGGUUUUUAUUAACACAAAGUAAAGGUCUAUACUGUAUUUAAACCAGCAACAUUUAUGUUGCUAAGUGUGAACAGAAUAUAUUUUGCCCAUUUGCCUUUUUUUAAUUAAUAUAACCAGAGCAUUUUGCUCAGUUCAGUUGAAAUGUUGUAUUACCAAACCAUGGGUCAAGAAUUUAAAGCUGUUUCCAGUUAUUAAUGUUGUACAUACAUUUGAUGUUGAUAUAGUAUUGCUAUUUUGCCACUAUUAAUAAAGAGAUACACUAUCUAAAA